AUGGGACUUGGUAAUAAACGCAUCACAUUGAAGGAGAUCAGUCAACAUCCUUGGGUGACCGGUGAUCCACCGGUUCCGCUUUCUUUAACACAAAUUCGUGAUAAAGUUCGUUCUCAGUUGGAGGCUUCCAUGGUUACCACUGGUUCUCCAACCUCAUCACGUGGAAUGAUGACUUGGUUAGAUCCGCUGGUCUAUUUGCGUCGCCCGGCUAGUGAAUAUCCAUUGCCACAUAUUGACGACACAGGGGCAAGGAUCUUCACACUAUUUGAACUGCAAGAAUUGUUACACGAAACAGAGGAGAAUGAUAACGACGCUGAACACUCUCCCGAAAUCGCUCCGUUCUCUGUCCUGGAAAGACUACAGCUAUACGAAACAUUGGGUGAACGCAAAGAGGAGAAUGAGAACGAACCCAACCGAAUGCCUUCAUCAGCCCUACCCUAUGUAUCUGGUCACACGCAAAUUGAUGAACAAAUGGCCCGUUUAGACCUCGGUUCUGGUCGAGAUAUUGAUACUAUUCAUCCACGGUCAUUUCAAGUCCCGUUUCUGAGUGAGCUCAAGACACGGCACUGUUCUGGUGGUCCAGAGUACCUUAGGCAACCAGAUGACUUGCAGACGAAUCAAACCCAAGGUAACGGCGGAUUUCGUCAGCGCGGUGUGACCAUAUCACUGCCAGCGCAUUCUUCGAUGUUUAAAUCCAGUGCUGUCCCAACAUAUCCACGAUCCGGUUCCUUUGAACCAGUUAGUGAACCACCCGCAUGUCCUGCUGAUCUGCCAAUUUCGUCACUCGCCUAUUUCUCACCACAACCAGCACUGACCGUGGGUCAUGGUGGAACAAUAGGGGCGACCAGUGUGGCGAGCUACCCUCCCAAUGUUGUUGUGGAUCUCCCACCGAAUUCCGGAUCGGGAAGCCACUCCGGAUUUCAGUUGGGUUCAAAAGUAAUCCAGCUAUCAGUUGAAUCAUUUGGUCACGGCAAACAUUCCGCUGAACCGUCACCAUCCGCAAGCGGUCCUUAUCUAACUCCGGAUGAUCCGUUCAUGGCAGAUGUGUCCGGUCACGCGGCGGCCACCAUAUCCCGAUCAGGCACUUGGAUGAACUGUGAUCGUAUGGGCGGUAGUGUUAGUAGCACAGGUGGGCGAAACACACCUAGUCGGUUCACGCGCUGGUUCUCGCGCUCGUUAUCAUCAAUCCAACGAAGAUUAUAUCUUCUUCGUGGUCGUAACCGGAAAAAAAUAGGUAUUGAUGCGGAAGAGGAUUUAGAUUCGCACGCACAAGAUAGUUUGGAAGUGUCCAAUUCCCAGACCCCAGAGCAUCGAUCCUUACACGAGUCGGUUAUGUCAGACGCGGCAAGCGAAAAACACUCUACUAAAUCCCGAAAACGGAGUAAGCGAUUAUUGUUUCGACGAAAAUUGGUACGAAGCAAUGAAGAUGGUUUUGGGUGA